GCUACCGACAACUUAGCUUGCCUUUGUCCACAAUUCAUGCAUUCUUAAAAUUCCAAAUCCUAUUUUGCUCGCCACUCGCCGUUUCUUCUUAUAUCCGCUUUUUCAUAUACUAUAUAAAAUACUCAAAUUCUUUGAUUCCCAUUCACAUAGCAAACUCAAAAUUUUCUCACUGCAACAAACGAAAAAACUCAUCACAGCAACAGUAAUAUUCCAUUUGGCUGGUUUUAAUCAAAGAUUGUUACAAAAAUGGAAGGUGGUGUUGUAUAUGAGAAUGAUCUCAACCUCAAGGCUACCGAGCUUACACUUGGGUUGCCAGGAACUGAAAGAAAUCAGGAACAAGCAGUUUCUUGUGCUAGAAACAACAAGAGGCCGUUGCCGGAGAGCAGAGAUCAGGAUGCCAAAUCUGAUGUUCCACGUGCUGACCCUGACACACCCCCUGCUCCUAAAGCACUGAUAGUGGGGUGGCCGCCAAUCCGAUCCUACAGAAAAAAUAGCUUGCAGCAGCCUAAGCAGACUGAGGCUGAGUCUUCUGGGAUGUACGUGAAAGUAAGCAUGGAUGGGGCACCAUACCUUAGAAAGAUUGACCUCACGGUUUAUAAAGGUUAUCCAGAGCUCCUCAAAGCCUUAGAGAACAUGUUCAAGUUCACCAUAGGUGAGUACUCAGAGAGAGAAGGCUACAAAGGAUCAGAAUAUGCACCUACUUAUGAGGACAAGGAUGGUGACUGGAUGCUGGUUGGAGAUGUUCCAUGGGAAAUGUUCAUGUCAUCCUGCAAAAGGUUGAGAAUCAUGAAAGGAUCAGAAGCAAGAGGCUUGGGCUGUGGAGUAUGAAAACCCCACAAGCCGAAGCAGCAACCCAAAGAAGCAGGAAAAGAAAAGAUUAUGUUUCCUAUGGAGGGAAAAAAAGAUCUUUACAGCUUGGGUUCUGCAAGAAGAUGUUCAAUCUAAAUCUCUGGGUCGCUCUAUUGACAGAUCCUGAAGCUGGACAGGACACAGAAAAAAUAUCACUGUGAAGUUAAAAGUUGCGGUCAUAGGAUGACGAAGCAAGAUAUGUAGUGGCGUGGAUCUAUGGUUUCAUUCAGCUGAUCAUUGUGCUCUCAUCAACCCAAAACUGUAAAUGGAAAAGUUUUCUUAAAGAAAAA